ACACAGUUUCCUCUGGCUGCAGGACUGAGGGAGUCGGACGACAUUUUGUGUGAAGAAACCUGUUUGAGCUGUUGACACAUAUUUUAGCCGACUUUUGAAAAAGCAGCAGCUUUUGGGUGAAUAAUUAAAUAAAAACCUCAACACACGAUGAAUCAUUCACACAGACUCAAGGCAGCUUUAUUGAAAAAGCCCCAAAUCACUUAUUUGACCCUUGAUUCAAAGUAAGGAAAAACUCCCCAAACAAACCUUUGACCAGGAAGCAAGAAAGAAACCUUGUGGGGAGUUCCACACUUCAGCAUCGUUUCAAUCUGUCGACUAUAAAAGAGAGACGGGAGCGACGGCAGCAGCUUCCUUCUGUCUCAGCGGCUCACUGAAGACCAUCAGCUCCAUCUGGCUCCACAGCAGGUUGAAGACAUCAUGACCCAUCGCCAGUGCACCAUUGAGCUUGAGAAUAAGUGCUCUGCGUACACCCUGUGUAACCCGAGCUGGUCCAUUGUCAGUGGAUCCUGUGCGAAGGCUUUGCCGCCAACACUCGGUCCCUCUGAAUCUGGCAGCUCUCUGUUCAUCAAGACUCCUCACAGAGCACGUGGAUCUGUUGGAGUCCUCACUUACGAUCUGCAGAUUGAAUCCACAGAGGAAUGUGAUGGAAAAAUGGCCGUCAUGUUCUCCGUUCCUUAUGACUUCAACUUGUACUCUAACUGGUACGCAGUGGGACUCUUUGACGAGAAUAAAGUGUGUGAUUACAGCCUUUAUGAAGAGAUGUAUUACAACACAGAGAACGGGUUUGUCAGAGGUCAAGCUAAAGAUGGCGGUCUGACUUACAAAGGCGAAGCUGUUACCAUCAGAGCCACCAUGUCAGACAGUUGCACACCUGUCAUCAACAUACAGGCAGUGUUGAGUGAGCGACUUGGAAAGUGUAGUGAGCUAAGCUACCAGUCCAAAAGCCGCUACGGAAGUGCUGUUGUCGGCUACAAAUACUCCCGUAUAGACGGUGGCGUCACCUCCUCAAAAGUUUUAUUUCAGACCACAGCAGAAAGGUUUAAUCCCCGUUGGCCCACAAAGACAGAAAGUCUUACUUUAAUUUCAUCAUGUCACUCUUCAUUCUCUACAUUAGUUGAUCUUUAUAUAUCUCUAUAAGCCGCUGUUUGCACCGUCUGGUGCUCAACUGCAUUUCCUUGUACUGACUGUGUGUAAUGACAAUAAAGUUGAAUCUAAUCUAA